CACGGGCCGGCGGCGGCGUCUGGGAGACCCGGAGGGCUGCCGGCCUUCGCUGCUAGGUGCUGCCGUCAUGGCGGUGUCUCUGUGGGGCUUCCUUUCCGUCGUGUUGCUUCUCUCAGGAACUGCCCAAAACUCAGAGUUGCCUGGGGCUUCUGCCGAGGGAGCGGGAGGCAGUGGGGUCGGAGAUCGUUUCAAGAUCGAGGGGCGCGCCGUCGUCCCCGGGGUGAAGCCUCAGGACUGGAUCUCGGCCGCCCGAGUGCUUGUAGACGGAGAAGAGCACGUCGGCUUCCUGAAGACAGAUGGGAGUUUUGUGGUUCAUGACAUACCUUCUGGAUCUUACGUGGUGGAAGUUGUAUCUCCCGCUUACAAGUUUGAUCCUGUCCGAGUGGACAUCACUUCCAAAGGCAAAAUGAGGGCAAGAUAUGUGAAUUAUAUCAAAACAUCAGAAGUGGUAAGACUGCCCUAUCCUCUCCAAAUGAAAUCUUCAGGUCCGCCUUCGUACUUUAUUAAAAGGGAGUCCUGGGGCUGGACGGACUUUCUGAUGAACCCAAUGGUUAUGAUGAUGAUUCUUCCGUUAUUGAUAUUUGUGCUUCUGCCCAAAGUGGUCAACACAAGCGAUCCUGACAUGAGACGGGAAAUGGAACAGUCAAUGAAUAUGCUGAACUCCAACCACGAGUUACCUGAUGUCUCUGAGUUUAUGACAAGACUCUUCUCUUCAAAGUCAUCUGGCAAAUCUAGCAGUGGCAGCAGUAAAACAGGGAAAAGUGGGGUUGGCAAAAGGAGGUAGUCGGGUGGCUCUGCAAUGGCCUUUGCACAAACACAGUAACACUGGGUGACAUCUGAGUCUGGAGGGAAAACUGUGAAACAGCUGCUGUAUGCUUGAAUCAUCCCGAAGGUUGAUCUCUUACAACUGUUGUGUAUGCUAACUUUUUAGCACAUGUUUUGUACUCGGUACAUAAGAUCCAGCUUUCAUCCUUUGUAUGAGGUCAAUAUUGAUGUCACUGAAUUAAAUGCAGUGUCCUAUAGAAAAUGACAUUAAUAAAUUAUAUGAAAAUACUAUAUGUUAUAUUAAAAUGUCUUAAUCCAGA